GGUGUUCUAUCAGCGCUCUGUUGGAGUGACAAGGAACAUGAGUCGAGAGUUAGUUUGUUCCAUUUUUAAGUGAAUACUACUAUCUUAAAAAAUCAAGACCUCUCACUCUAUAAGGCUAAUUCAGACAUUUAAUUUAAGUUAGUUGUUGUCAAAUAGCUGAUUCGUAUCUAAGAGAAGUCUAUGGGCUUUAGUUUUCAUUUUUUUUAUGACGAGUGUUAAGAUUGAAAUUAGUAAAGUAUUUUGGGUGAAUUUAUCCAAUUUCUACAAGCAUUAAUUUUCACAUUUUAUCUGAUUCCAGUUUUGAUGGAAAACAAAGGAGUCCAUUCUCAAACGUUUGGUAUCCAUGUUAAAGCUGCUUAUCAGAUAAUCUUGUAGCAUUUCCUGAAGGAACAAAUCGUUUUUGUAAAUAAACAUCACUCGUUUGCUUAAAAUUAGUUCAAAGUCAUCCGUAUUUGCUUACUCCAUUGGCUUAAGUUCAAACCGUCUUUUUUUGCAAGAGUAAAAAGUACUUCAUAACUUAUAUCAAGCUCGUUUCUUAUGUUUCCAUCGAGUAGUUUUUCCUUAGGCUUCUGCCUCAAUCUCAUUCGUCGUAGGCGUUAAUGUUUAGCACAGUAAACAAUGUCGAUCGUAGUUUUAGAGCUUGAACAAAUGUGGUCUGGAACAGUUGGACUCAUGAUUUUACGACAGCUCCUUUAGUAGACAGCUUCAAGAAAGUACGGCGAGACUAUAUUUUAUGGACAAACCAAUUAGCUAUAAAAGUAUAGGUCUCGGAUUUGGGUGCGAAACUCACUCGUCCAUCUGGCCAAAUAGCGUCUUGUCAUUUUAGCUGAUGGUAGUUCGUGAUGAAAUACCGAAAGUCUAAUUUCUAAGCAUAAACUGUGAAUCAUAAUCCUUAUUCUUCAAACUGCUUUAUAACCCUCAUUUAUCCCUAGUAAGUAGGUAGACACUCAAAAGGUCACUUUGUCGCCCAAAUGUCGUCCAUAAAUUAUAGUGUCACUGAAAGUACUUACGAUUGUUCGCAUAACCCUAUGCCGUUUUGCUUCAUCUGAGGUGCUAAACGAACGUGACAUGGAUAUUUCACUCGCUGGAUUCACUUUCCGUGCAAUAUUUUGUUUUUCGUAUACUUAGUCGCCCUUUAUUUACCGACCUCAGUAUAUUUCCGUUGCUUCCAGAAAACAUAAUUAUCUUAUAAACUACCUCUUUUUUCACAGUUUUGACUAGAAGAAGGUUUAUCCGGUCUCGUGAAACCUGAUGUCUUAGUAGCCGUAUUGCCAUAAUUAAACCUCGUAAAUCAUUGCUGCAACACGUCGACCUUUGUCUAGCUGUUAAGUCCGCUGACACAAUUUCGGCAGAGCGAUUGUACUUUAAAAGUUUCGUUCCUCCAAGCAUCUGAAACAGCCACACAGGAUCACGAUUAACACAGGAAAGAUUCGUUAUACUCGAGAUUUACCCAACAGAUAUAUAAGCUACCCAACGGUGACUUAAUUUUGAUUUAUAUACCAUCUCUUGAUAUCCGCUCGUGGGAUAUUUUUUAGGAAGGGUAAGUCAAUUAUAUAUAAAUUUUCUGCAGCCUAGUAUUAAUAACACGAUUGUUAAGUCAUAGAAUUUUGAACUACGUCAAGAUAAAAUGCUUGAGUCAGUUUAAAUUUACUUGAGGAAGUGUUUAAAAUGCUUGUAUAUCAUUUUAGCAAUGUAAACUAAUUUGUUCCAUCAGUUAGUGUUAACGCACCAUAACUUUCCAGUCGUUUUGCGUGAUUAAAAGUAUAGUCGUGAGGAAUCUUGGAUUUUAACUAAUGUUGUUUUCCAAGGUUUUGAGUGUCAAAGUUAUUUUAAAAUUCCCUUUUUUGUUUCUAAUUGCCAAAUAUGUAUCAAUAUCAAUGUAAUUGUGCAUAUUUUUUGUGGUUUUAUUAAGCUUUCGGAUCAGUAACCGAUACAUCUUAAAAAUGAGUGUCUUGCACCAACCAAUGAAAUGAUGCAUAAGUCAAAGUCUAAUCAGGUACUGCAAGUUGAGCAUAUUAAAGAGCUCCACGAUCAUUGGAUUAAUUGCAAGUCAUUAAUUGAUGAAAAGGAUAAUGGGGUUCUAUCUACUUCCAAAAUUGACACCGUUUUUCACCAUGUCAGUAAAAUUAUACUGCUAGUUGUUGAUGAGCACUCUUCCGACACUCUAGAAAGAAACAAACUAGUAGAAGGUUCAUAUCUUGAAACAAUAAUAAGAAAUAAUAUUUUUGAAUUACUCCUCAUUUGGAUCGAAGGAAAUCCAACACCAAAAGAUGAAAAAUCUAUCAGUACUCGUGAUGUGUUAAGAAGACAUUUAAUUACUGCUUUUGAACAGUUAAUAACACAAUCGAAACAGAAUGUUUUGCUUUAUAGACCGAUUCUUCAACCUUUGUGCCAAUUUUUAUUCAAAUUAUCCUCACAGUUACGGCCUAGUUAUGAUCAAAUCUAUGGGCAUUUAUUACAUGAAGUUUGCAUCUUGUUAUGUAGAAACUUUCAGUUGUUGGAGUUUAGUAAAGAAUUAUGCAAAGAAAUUUUCAACCAACCGUAUAUGAUAUUUUCAUUGCUUGUUCCAUUAGUACAUCGAAAUGACCCGUUGGGGGAUUCGGCUAGAGAUUCACUCUUAAUCGUAUUUGGACUUUCUAAUAAAAAUGAUUGUCUUGGUCAGUAUUUAGCAUAUGAAUCUGAUAUAUGUCCGAUUUUAGCUACUGGUUUAAGUGGUCUGUAUUCUAGUCUACCAAAAAAGUUAGUUCCACGUUAUGGGCUAUGUCAAAAUCAUAACGGUAAUAUUUCAUUAAAUUCUCCCGGAGGUCCAGUUUCUGUAACUACGCCAAUCUAUAUCCAAUCAGAUUUACUCAACCCAUGUCUGUUGGAAUUACAAGUCGGUGGAGCUGAAUGGCAUCAGAUAACCGAGAAUGAAUGUUCCAAUUCAAUCGAUCUACGCCGGUUUUUACAUACAUUACAUUUUUGUAAUCUGACUAUUAAAAUUGCACAUCCUCAUGUUCGUGAUCAAUUACUAUAUUUUAUUCAUUCUGGAUUCUUGGUUCCUGUUUUAGGAUCUGCAUUACAUCAGAGUGCUAUGGAUGAAGUAAUUGCAGCUACAGCUUAUCUGGAAUUGUUUUUACGUCGUUUAACUGAACCUUCAAUGAUUAAAUUAUUUCUGAAAUUCAUUAUCACCGAAUCACAUGAUUCUUAUCAUAUACUCACAUCGAUUAUGAAUCGUUUAAAUGCAAACGCUAUGCUUGGGAUGGUCACUUUAUCCUUAUUUCGUACAAUAUUAAGCUUUCACUGUGAAGAUGUUAUGUAUGAGUUAAUAUUCAAGCAUUUACUAACUUUGAAUCAUUUAGAUUCUGAAAGGUUUGAUUCUUCAUCAAAUGGAUUUCAUAAAACUCUACUGACUGGAUCUGCAUUAUGUUUAUCCAACAAUGGCACAACACAACAACCAAAACUACUUUGGUCUACUUCACCACGAUCAACCGUUAAACAUACUACUUAUUAUCAUCCUACGGUGGAUCAGUUAAUCCCACAUCUUGUUAAAUCAGCUGAAUUAUUUUUAUCAUUAGCCAAUACAUCAUCUUGUAGUGAUAAAUUUUCGAAAUCCAGAUCUCAGUCAACAACAACAGAUAGUUCUGAAGUUGGCACUACAAAAUUAAAGAAUGAGAAGAGGCAAAAAUCAAGUAUAUCCUACUGUCCUGUCGAAAAACUAUGUAAUGUUUCGAAAGAAGUCAUAUUCAGUGGUCAUGGAGACUCUAUACCUACAAUCGAUCCCUUAACAAGUUUAAAUCGUUCAAACAACUUUAAUAGCGAAUCAAUCGAUGAUGAUGAUUUGAACAAAACAUUAAACAACGAAUGGGUUGUUAUUCGUACAACACCACUCCAUCCUAUUUUAGUGGCUAAUAAUUAUCCAGAAUUAAUAAAUUAUAUUAAAAAUGCCAAUUUACGUGUAUCACGACGACGUCAAGCUUUUAAAUCAUGGCGUUCACAGUAUUGGCCGAAAAUGAUUGAAAAUAAUAAAGGGAAUCAAUCUGCAACAUCGUUAGUAAGAGAUGAUAAUUUAUUAGAAUUACAAGAGAAACGAUCACGUUGUGAUUUGUAUAGAACGAUCCAUUCGUCGAAAUAUACAAACAGUAGUGGUUGUGUAACACCGGACUCAAUGCCUAAUGGAUUGUCAGCUAGAGAUCGUACAAAAUUUAUGCCAGACAUAGUCGACAGUGGUAGCAAAAACGAAUGGAACAGUGUAUGUGAUGAUAUAUCAUUGUCAUCGCCAUUGUUAUUACAUAGUUUAUCCAGGAAACAUACUUCAUCUUUAUAUCAAUUAAAUUAUAUAAAUGAUUCAUCAGAUGAUGAAAGUAAUCAAGAGAAUAUGAAACAAUCUAGCAAUUCAAAUACUACUGAUAAUGACACGACUCUUAUCGCUGCUAAUAAUGUUGAGUCGACUGUCUCUGAAACUGAUACCCUUGAUAAGACAAUUAAUUCACGUUCGCCAACUGAUAAACAGUUAUCCAAUUCUUGUUCAACAGAAUCAUUUCAUUCAACAACUAUGGACAAUAAACAACCACAAACACAAUCAUCAGUAUUAUCGACAACAUUAAAAAUGGACAAUCAUGAAGAAGGGUGUUAUAACACAGGCUCUAGUGUACCAUAUAAUCUCACAUCCACAACUUCUACACCUUCGUGUACUUGUUUAUCAACGUUACCGGAUUUGCUAAGAUUAGCUCAUCUAGAUCCAAGUAUAGAAUUACAUAAUAGUAAUGUCGUUUCAUGCACCACCACAGUGUGUACAAAAACUGAUUUUAAUGAAAGACAAGAAUAUGAAUUAGAGAAUUUUUUAGCUGCAUUAGAUUGUUUACCAUCACCAGGACGUUGUACAAAACAUUUUGGACAUUUGCCACCAUUUAUUUCCUACAGCAAAAUUGAUGAGGAAUUUUUUAAAAAAUUGGAUGAUUAUAUACAUGAAUUUGAAAAUUCAAAAAUGGAAUUUACUAAAACAGAUACUGUGAGUAGUACAACAAAAAUUACUUCUGUAACUAAGAAUGAUAAUCUUAGUCAUAAUUGUAGUGAUAACGAAGAUGAGGGUGACAAUAAUACUGAGACAAAAUCUAGACUCUUACAAUCUCCUCUAUUAUCUUCGUUAAUGGUUAGAUCAUGUAAUGAUGCUUUGGAUUCGAUAUCAUUAAACAGACUUGACUCAAUACGCCAACAACAAUGUCAGCAUUCAGGGAGUCAUAGUAGUUGUAGUAAUCAUUCACACGUAACAGAUUUCUCUUCAACUUCAUCGACGCAAUCUGCGAAACAUUAUUCAAAUUCAGUUGGUGUCGCUGGCGGUAUAGGUCCAUUUUUGUCCAUACUCUUAAAUCGUUUGGCUAAUAUGCACAAUAAUUGUUUUUUCACUAAUCUCCUUCUAACUGAUAUAUUUGCUGCAUUGGCCUCUUAUCCAUGUCCAUUAUUAUAUGAAUACUUAUUGAAUCCAAUUGGUUUAAGUAUAAAACCAUCUGUUAAUACUCUUUAUAAAGUGCUCCGAUCUGUGCAUAGUCAAAUUGUAGUCGCUUCGGAAUCUGUUGAACAAUGGAAAUCACUUGUGUUUCGUGCGCGUGUUUAUUUAAAUAUUGUCUGGCCAGGUCCUUUCAAGAUGACAAUUGAUCCAAAUUUUUAUACAACAAGAGAGAAUUCACAACGUACUAAAACUAAAAUGAUGGCAACAACGACAGGAUAUAAAUCAAAUACUACUUAUAAUAGUAAAAAAGGUGUAUCUGAGGACAAGAAAAACAUUUCUACCUGUUUAUCACAAAAUUGUCUUCCUACAAAUUCAAAUCAUCAUUCACCUUUGAAUACUGUAAACAAAGAUUCACUUCAACAUGUUGUUCCACUGUUGCCUGUUACAUAUCCAUUACCAGUGAAUAAUGAUAAUAAAACUAGUUCAGAACGUUUACAUCGUAGUUCUGUCAGUGGUGGAAGUAUUAAUUUAAAUUUACGUCAUAGAAGUCGUAGUCGUGUAAAUCAAUUUUUAAAUUUGACAAGUCGUAUCGGUUUAAGUCCAGUAUUAAAACGUGCAUCACUUCAUCAAGGUAAUCGUACAUCUAUUCCUUCUUCUUCUUUUAAUCGAAAUUAUACCAAUAACAAAUUUAAAUUAACAAAUUCAGGAUCUGAUGAUGAAGUUGAUGUAAAUGUGAAACAUUCAAUGGAUAAUGAAAACAUAAAUAAUAAUAAUAAUAAUAAUAAUCCAUUUUAUUCAGAUCCAACAACAGAUAUUUCAAUAAAAACACGAAAUUUAGUAUUUGCUUCAAUUAUUUUUGAUGAAUUCUGUUUUGAACUAGCUGCAUUAUGUUAUGAGCAUAGUUUAAAUUCUGAUAUUCAUUUAACUAAAUAAAUCAAACAAAAUUAUACUACUUAUAUAAUUAUCAUUGGUUAGUAAGUAGUAUUAUACAUCAUUAUUAUUAAUUGGCUAUUUUAAGUGAUUUUAUUCAUUGAAAUUCACAUUUACGCAUAUAAUUCAGCUCAGAUCUUAUUCAUUCAUCCAUUCAUUUAAAAAGUAUUGAUUAUACCUGUUAUUCAUCAUCGUAUUUUCUCUUGUUGUGCUUGUUUUUCUUUUCUCUUUUUUUUCGAAUUUACCCUUUUUUUGUAAAAAUUUCAGAAGUUAUUUAUCUGAUUCGUUUAAUUUCCAAUUUGUACUUCUUUUUUUUUCUAUUACAAAAUAAUGAUGACUUGUUAAUUACAAAAUAGAUUAAGGAUGAUGUAACAUAAUAAAGUUCAUAGUUUACAUUUUUUUUUAAGAAAAAAAUUUUUUUUAAUUUUUACUUUUCUCUGUAAAUAUGUAUAAUUCCUCGGUCAUUUUUUUGUUCUCUUUCUGAACUAUUUUCUAAUGGUUACUGUCUAUGGUAUGUAUUAGUAAGUUGUAUUAACUUUGAGACCAGUUUUAAGAAAACGUACAAAAUGCGCCAUUAUAUAUUUGUAUUUGUUAUGGAAAACAAAAAAUCAUCAUCUUUUUUU